AUGGAUGAUAUCAAAAUUGCCACACAGGCCUUUGUCCGCUUUCACUCCCCCCGGGAGUUUCUCCACGCAGCUCACCAGCAACAGCCACCGGUGGGAACAGAUAGAAAGCUUCAGUGCAAAUGGAAAACUCUCAAGAGGUUCGGGACGCUGUCCACCCAUCUGCUGAUCCACUCAGACACCCGCCUUACCCCUUGCCAGUACUGUGGGAAACGCUUUCACCAGAAGUCGGAUAUGAAGAAGCACACCUACAUUCACACAGGGGAGAAACCGCACAAGUGCCAGGUUUGUGGCAAAGCCUUCAGCCAGAGCUCCAACCUCAUCACCCACAGCCGCAAGCACACGGGCUUCAAGCCCUUCAGUUGUGAGCUCUGCGGGAAAGGCUUCCAGCGCAAGGUGGAUCUGCGGCGACAUCGGGAGAGCCAGCACAGCCUCAAGUGAGGGGGACCCUCUGCCUGCCAAGCUAGAGAACCUGCAAAGACAAGGAAGGGCCAUCUACCAUUCUCCUCAGCCCACCCAGACGAGGAGAAAGAAACCUCUGGCUAACUAAACAGUCCGCCAAAGCAGUUCUGUUUACCCCAGUUGGAAGGCGGCUUUGGCACAGGGUGUUCCUCCUCCCCCCACCCCAAUUGCGACUCCCUUCCCAACAAGGGCGGAGCGAGGGAGAACUGUGCCCAGGGCGUGCGAGCGCCCUGCACCCCUGCUGCGGCACCACCUGCCCCC